AUGAUUCAAGAAAUUGAUGGUUCGUUAUUGGAAGGUGGUGGACAAAUUUUGAGAAUUGCACUAACAUUAAGUGCCUUAAAACGAAUACCAGUUCGUAUAACCAAUAUUAGAGGAGGGAGAAGUAAGCCGGGAUUAAUGGAGCAGCACUUAAAAGGAGUGGAACUUUUAAGAGAUAUUUGUUCAGCAAAAGUAAAAGGUGUGCAUUUGGGUUCAACUGAAAUUGAAUUUUGGCCAGAAGAAAUCAAAGGGGGCUCCUACAGGGCACAAGUAAAAACUGCUGGCAGUAUCAGCCUAUUACUUCAAGUGUCUUUGCCAUGCGUUAUCUUUGCAAAAACUCCUACAACUCUUCUUCUCCGAGGAGGUACCAACACAGAAAUGGCACCUCAGAUUGAUUAUCUAACUGAGGUAUUUAGACCUAUUUUAGAGAAAUUUGGAGCAACAUUUGAUCUCGAUCUAAAAAGAAGAGGGUAUUUUCCUAAAGGGGGUGGAGAAGUUAUUGUUAAUAUAAACCCAGUGGAAAAAUUAAAUCCUAUUGAAAUGACAACACAAGGAUCUGUGACAGACAUCUUCGGCUGGAGCUUCGUUGCAGGUAAUUUGCCAGAAAGACUCUCUCACCAAAUGGCGGACAGUGCUGCAAAUGAAUUAAAGAAAAUUGCUUCUGUCAAUAUUGAAAGGUAUAAAGAGGACCCUAAUAUAGCACCAGAUAGCUGUUCAGGUAUUAUAUUGGUUGCGAACACAAGCACAAAUUGUAUCCUAGGAUCAUCUGCACUUGGUAAAAGAAGUGAAAGUCUUCAGGAUACUGGAAGAAGGGCUGCUGAAGAAUUGCAGCGAUCUAUUAAGGCAGGUGCUUGUGUGGAUGAGUAUAGCCAAGAUCAAAUAAUUAUAUUCAUGGCAUUGGCCAAGGGACCAUCCAAAGUAAGAGUAGGAAAUAUAACCAUGCACACAAAGACUGCUAUUUAUGUUAUAGAAAAACUAACAACAGUAAAAUAUGAAAUAACACCUUCUGAAGCAACAAAUAUAAUUGACUGCAGUGGCAGUUAA